CCCGGCUGGAGGUGCUACCAGGGGGAGGGGGCCUGCGCCAGGGGCCCACGCGCGGUGACAUAUGCACCGGCACACGCACACACAGUGCACACACCCCAAGAUACACACUCCCGGAGAAUCCACCCACGGGAAUGCGGGCGGCACCGAGACCCUCCGACACGCAAGUCGGGACCCAGAUGCGCACAGCACGCCCCGCAGACACGCACACACAUGCCCGCCACGCACAGGGCUCCCAGAGACCAGGACGGACGCAGCCAUGUCGGAGCUGGUGCCCGAGCCCAGGCCUAAGCCGGCAGUGCCCAUGAAGCCCGUCAGCAUCAACACCAACCUGCUGGGCUACAUCGGCAUCGACACCAUCAUCGAACAGAUGCGGAAGAAGACCAUGAAGACCGGGUUCGACUUCAACAUCAUGGUCGUCGGUCAGAGUGGACUGGGCAAGUCAACGCUGGUCAACACGCUCUUCAAAUCCCAAGUGAGCCGCAAGGCCUCCAGCUGGAACCGCGAGGAGAAGAUCCCCAAGACCGUGGAGAUCAAGGCCAUUGGGCACGUGAUAGAGGAGGGCGGCGUCAAAAUGAAGCUGACCGUCAUCGACACGCCUGGCUUUGGAGACCAGAUCAACAAUGAAAACUGCUGGGAGCCCAUUGAGAAGUACAUCAACGAGCAGUACGAGAAGUUCCUGAAGGAGGAGGUGAACAUCGCCAGGAAGAAGCGCAUCCCGGACACGCGUGUCCACUGCUGCCUCUACUUCAUCUCCCCCACGGGACACUCCCUGCGACCCCUUGACCUGGAGUUCAUGAAACACCUCAGCAAAGUGGUGAACAUCAUCCCCGUCAUAGCCAAGGCUGACACCAUGACGCUGGAGGAGAAGUCCGAAUUCAAGCAGAGGGUUCGAAAGGAGCUUGAAGUACAUGGCAUUGAGUUCUACCCACAGAAGGAAUUUGAUGAAGAUUUGGAGGACAAGACGGAGAAUGACAAAAUCCGGGAGAGCAUGCCCUUUGCCGUGGUGGGAAGUGACAAGGAAUACCAAGUGAAUGGCAAGCGGGUCCUCGGCCGGAAAACCCCCUGGGGCAUCAUUGAAGUGGAAAACCUCCACCACUGUGAGUUUGCCCUGCUUCGAGACUUUGUCAUCAGGACUCACCUCCAGGACCUCAAGGAAGUGACACACAACAUCCACUAUGAGACCUACAGGGCCAAGCGGCUCAAUGACAACGGAGGCCUCCCUCCGGGAGAAGGCCUCCUGGGCUCUGUCCUUCCACCCGUGCCAGCCACCCCCUGCCCCACUGCUGAAUGAAGGCCAUUUCAAGCGCUGCUUCUCCCUCCAUUCCUCUCAGCUGUUAUUGCUGCGGGGCCAUGACCUUUUAAGGGCUGUGUUUGUCCCGUCCACCUCCACAGCCCUUCUCUCUCCCUGGCCCUCAGCAGGUGGGAGGGGCCAGCUGCUUUAGGACAGUCGCCUUCUCCAUUUAUCCAAACACCCCUCUCCUCCCAGUGGAAUGGAGCCCUCGCCAGCACUGCCCUCCUCCAUCGUCUGUGUCAGCUGGUCCCAGCCCAUCUGUAGGGUGAAAGAACUCAUCAAGAGCUUCUUCUGCCCUUGCAAACCCAUACCAGCUACUUGUUACCAUCUCCCAGGGACAUGGCAUUGCUCCCUGUCCAUCUGCAUGAGCUACUCUUGGCUUCCUUAAAGGGUCAAGAAAGCCAUUUUUUCUGCUUUUCAGAUUCAUUGAUGUCAGCUGUGUGAGCCCUGGUGUGGGACAAGGGUGUCUCCUUCAUUGCUUAAAACUUAUUUAUAAGGAUGGGUCACUACAGAUGUGGGGGAGUAAGGGCUAGGGCCUCUCCUUUAAAAAGCACCACUUGUGGCUGGCCCAGAGUGUGGUUACACACCCUUCCCACCCCAUAAUCAGCCACUUAGGAAGAGUGGUUUUCCGAAGAGACAUUUCUGGGUUGACUCCCUUAUCCUCAACAUUAAAAAACAAAGAAACUAAACACAGACAAAAAAACUCCAGAUCCCCAGAAGAUGUGAACUCUAGGAAGAAAAAAAGCACCCAUCUGUCUACUUAGCAAUAAGAAGGAUCUCUUCCCACCCACAUUGACUAUUCCUACCCUCCCUCCCCAAUUAAUGUGAGUAAUGAAUCAGUCUGGCCACAGUUGGUCACUGUAGGCUAGUGGAAAAUACCCAAUGGAGGGCAAAGGCCCUUAUCAGAUGCAUGAAUGUUUGCGAAUGUCGGCUGCCACUGCCCCACACACUGUGUCUUUAUGGAAUCUCUCCCUGCCCACCCCUCCCCUUCUCCACCUGGACACAACUUGCUCAAAGGCUGGUGACUUGUGGGCCAUUCAUCUACAACCGAGUCCUGAUGGAGCAAGAGGCCCAAGCCUAGGGGAUGCAAGAACAACCCAUUUCUUAAAUGUGACUAGUCCCAACCUACCUUUUGGUGACAUUAUGGUUAAAUUUCCCAACUGAAAACAAGCCAAUGACACUCAAACUGGUUGUGUAAAUGUUGCUAGACUAUAUGUGUUGUACAACUAAACAUUGCUGUUUGAACAAUAA